UGUCUCGUAACGUAGAGUGGGGGUUAUACAUAGUGUAAUAAUGUUGAUCCCUUUUUCAGAAUAUUUUAGAAUAAACUCGGUUUUUAAAGGAGAUUAAUACUUUUACCAAAAAUAAUUUUUUAUUAUUUUUGGUAAAAUUAUUAUGCGAAAUUUAUAAGAGCUAAAUUUCCCAUAAUAAUUUUAUGUUUAUAUAAAGUUUCCAUUUACUGUCCCAACACGCUAACAAUUAUCAUUCCAGACUUUGUUCUAAUGGCAACUCCAAGUUCCCGUAGAUUCACGUACCAUGUGUUCCUCAGCUUUAGAGGGGAAGACACGCGUCGUGGUUUCACUGGUUAUCUCUACAAAGCUCUCUGUGACAGGGGACUUCACACUUUCAUGGAUGAUGACAAACUUCAAAGCGGAGAGGAAAUCACACCAGCGCUUCUGAAAGCAAUUGAAGAGUCUAGGAUUGCCAUCGUUGUGCUCUCUCACAACUAUGCUUCUUCCUCCUUCUGCUUGGAUGAACUUGCAACUAUAAUUCACUGCCAGAGUAAAGGGCUGUUGGUUAUACCAGUGUUUUAUAAGGUGGAUCCUUCUAAUGUCAGACAUCAGAAAGAUAGCUAUGAAGAAGCAUUGGCUAAGCAUCAAAAGAGGUUCAAAGGGCAGGAGGAGAAGUUAAAUAAAUGGAAAAUGGCUCUGCGUCAAGUUGCUGACUUGUCUGGCUAUCACUUGGGAGAUGGGGAUGAAUACGAGUACAAGUUUAUUGAGAGCAUUCUUGAACGGGUUUCCACGGUGAUUAAUCAUGCUCCUUUACAUGUUGCGGAUUACACAGUUGGCCUACCGUCACGGGUGCUGAAAGUCCAGAUACUUUUGGAUGUUGGAUCGGAAGAUGUUGUCCACAUGAUAGGGAUCCAUGGAAUGGGUGGGUUAGGGAAAACAACACUCUCUCUAGUAGUUUAUAAUUCGAUUGCUGCUUAUUUUGAUGAAUCAUGUUUUCUUCAAAAUGUAAGAAAAAAUUCAAAAAACAAAGAUGAGCUACAACACCUCCAAAGCAUCUUUCUUUCAAAAAUGCUUAGAGAGAAGAAUAUCAUCUUAACAAGUUGGCAAGAAGGAGCAUCAAUGAUACAGCAGAGGCUGGGGCGAAAGAAGGUUCUCUUGAUUCUAGAUGAUGUUGACAACAGAGAGCAGUUAGAAGCAUUUGCUGGAAGUGCUGAUUGGUUUGGACCCGGCAGCAGGGUUAUCAUUACCACUCGGGACGAACAGCUGCUAAAAUCUCAUGGGAUUAAAAGAACUUAUGAGAUGGAGGCAUUGAAUUUUAAUGAUUCUCUUCAAUUGCUUAUAUGGAAUGCUUUCAAAAGGGAAAAUGNGGUUGACUUUGCAGAGAAAAAAGAGAAAAGUUUCACUGGUAAUAUCUAG